AUGUCGGCGACAAUCCCCAAGCGCAAGCGCGCAAGGAAAGCAUGCAUUCCGUGCCAUCAGCGCAAGCGGAAAUGCGACACCGAAUAUCCAUGUGGCAUGUGCACCACCUAUGACUACAAUUGCAAGUACAAGGAGGACGACAUCACCGGCGCUGCAGGCGAUGGCGUUGAUGGCACGUCUCAAAGCAAGCGUAUCAGCCAUGGUGGCAGAAGUCGUUUGACGAGCCGCUCUCAUGCAGAGCAAAGUCCUCACGAAGUCAACGGCUCAUCGACGAAUAGUCCUAGCGUCGUGGCUAGUGUGUCAACAGGCAUCUUCGAUGAGCACAAAUCCAGAUACGCCGGGGCGUCAGCGGCCAUGGCAUUUCCACACAUCCUAAGCGCGGCUCUCGGUUCCGACUGUCCCCUCAAGAUGCGAUCAUUCGCUUACAACUUUGGCAUCCGACCAGAAGAGACAUCUAACACUCACUGCCUGCUUGGAAAACUCAUAUCCAAAAACGACCUCGGCUACUUUGCAGGUGCGUAUUUCGCGGCCCUGGCCCCUAUAGGCGACCUGUUGGACGCCAGAAUCUUUCUCGACCGGUGUGAGGAUUAUUACAAUGGCUCCGGUAGUACCUCAGUUGCCUUUGCCGCCGUAGCCGCCGGAAUAGCUAGUCUUGGGUCGUUUUUAUCCCCCAAGGGACAUCCGCGGGAGUCUGAGCUGGUGCAGUACGCGAAAACGGUACUCGAUGAUCCGGCCUCCAUGCGCAUGCUAAGCAUCGACCACAUCGUCGCGUGGUGCUUGCGAGUGUUUUACCUGCGCGCCACGACCCGCCCUAACAAUGCUUGGAUCGCUUCCUGCACUGCCAUGCAUCUAUGCGAAACAGUGGGGUUGCACGAGGAAGGGAACAUCAAGAAGAUGGCGUCCAUGCCCGGCACCGCGGUCCUGGGAUAUGAUGCCGACCGACUGAGGAGGAUCUUUUGGAUCGCUUGGGCGGGACACAACAUGCUAUCCUAUGAGCAAGACUGUUCGGCGGUACAAUUUCGGGCUGUGACUUGCCAGCCUAUCAUUCCGACAUUGGAUUCUGUUGCCGACCAGUUCGUAAAACUGAUCCAGAUCAUCCCGGCGCCUAACUCGCCGUUUAAACUUGAACGGCAGCCUUCGAAUCCCAGCGAGGAGCUAUUUGAGCGUCUCAAAGCACUAGAUGAGUUCCAAGUCAGCCAUCCCUUCUUGGUGGUGACCAAAGCAGACAUCGCGCUGUGCUUCUAUCGACGCAUUUACCAGCUCAAGACCUGGAUACCGGACGAGUUCAUCAAACUCGUCAUCGAUUGUGGAAACGCCGGUGUGGAGGCGGCCGAGCAGCUCGCCACCCAGGGUCGUUUGUUCUGGAACGUCAUUGGUAGCGUGUUUCAGUAUGCGUGCGUUCUGUUGGCGAUCGACACACCAACCGCCUCCACCCAUAUCGGCACCGCCUUCAAGGGAUUGGAAAGCCUCGUCAAGGCAGCUGAUACAGGGCUGACUCGUGAGGCGCUGUCGAUGGCGCGGCACCUACUCAGCCUAAAUAUGGCAAAGAAGCGCAAGGAGCUUGCUCAGCUGGAAGCUGUCGAGGCAAGCUAUGAAAUUUCCCAGACGCAGCCGGAAUCCGAGGCCAACAACUCCGUGCCAGACAUGAGCUGGGAGCUUGAUUGGGACCAGUUCUUCAUCGAUCCGUAUCUGUCGAUGCUUGGUUGGGACGCCGAGCUAUAG